UUUUUUUUUUUUGGGGGGGGGGGUCAACUGUCAAGGUCGUGGCAAGUGUGCUUUGGCGUCUCGCAGGUGCAAUGUCUUCACCUUUGCAGCGAAACAACUUUCGCUGCCCGCCCGAUGGUCCCAAGUCGCCCCAACGCACCGCCACUAUGUCGGUAGGAUUCGCCGCCAUGGGAGGGGCUGGGAGCCCGGGAAAGUAUCAUACGGAAUUUCCAGCUCGACAACGCAAGCGUUUACAAGUUGGGACUACCAACUUAUCGAAGUGUGCGGAGACCAACAGCCUACCCAGUCCCGCAUCUCCUGGAGCAAAUAACUCGGUUGUGUCCGAUCGACUCGCAGAGACCAACAUUUCAGCGAUGAAAUCUACCCUCGACUCACCACAACGAUGCAGCCCAGCCCACCAGCGAACUAACGAUUCAGUCAAGGUCAAACCCCUCGUUCUGCGAACAGAGGCCCGACGAUUGAACGCCUUGGGUCCAGUCAACAGUAGUAGAAGCACUGACGAACGUCGAGGUGUCAAAGAUGCCAACGGAACACCAAAGCUGAAGCAAGUGACAUCCAAGUCGAGCACACACGAUAAAGCAGAACGUUCUAACCUACAGAGCGGAAACAAUGUUCAAGAAGAUUCACCUGCAAGAAACAGUCAACCUGCCCCAAAGAUGAGUCGUGCCGAUAGCAAGGAGAAGACAUUGUUGGCUCACAAUCGUGCAAAGCUGUAUGAUGUAUUCAUGGAGAAGUACGGGUCGAUGCGUGCAGUCUUCCGAGCAUUCGAUAAUGACGGAAACGGUAUGAUUUCGGCUCAACGCUUCCAUGACAUGGUGGAGGCUGCUGAGGUAGACCUGUCACCCGAUGAGACUCGUGCACUGUACCGAACUGCAGACGUCAAUGGCGACAAUACCGUGGCUUUUCAAGAGUUUGUUCAAAUGUUUUCGCCUAGUAUUGGUACCGCCAUGCCUGUUAUCAGUGCCUUUAACCCAACAGUUGGACAAGUGCGAGAUCCUAGCUCGUCAAUGGCAAUUAAAUACCACACUCCGUUAGAGCUGUCGCCACGUUCACGGAGACGAAUGACGCAGCUUCGCAAGCAAGUGACCGAUGCGCUGCACCGAAAGCAUGGACUUGCGAUGGGCGUGCGUGGUGGUAGACCUGAACAGCUCCUCGCAUAUGCUUUCAAGAAUGUCGAUUCGGAUAAUGAUGGGCUUCUAUCCUACGGCCAAGUGGAGCACGCGUUGGGUCCGGGGUACUUACAGUUAGAAGAUACUAUUGCUGUGAAUGAAAUGCGUGAAAUGCUGCAGCUGAUGGACCAAAAUGGUGACGAGCAGAUCAGUCUCCGUGAGUUCGUACGAUAUUUUGCUGCCGGGGAGCGUGAUGUGGCCACAGAUAUGAUAGACAACGGACGCAAGAAGGAGCUCGCAGCCUUACAUGUCAAGCGUACAGUGGAUCUUACACCUCGUGAAGAAGUUGACCCGGUUUUUGCUCAAUUGAAGAACGCAAUGCUACAGAAAGAAGAACCUCCGAAGACCCCCGACGGUAGGGAUAUAACUCCGGGAACCUGUCUUCCAGAACAGCUAAGUAAGCGAACUGCUGCGAUCAUCAAUGCUGGUAACAGUGUAGCAUCUCCUGUUCGCAAUUCGAAAGGUGAAUCUGGAAAAGCCACCUUGCCACCGUCACAAUCAUCACUUCAGCUUGAGAUUGAUCGUCGUCCUGGAACGUCAAGUGCAACAGGAAGUCCUACCGUAGCUGUAUUGUCCCCUGUUUCAUCUGAUCGAUUUUAUCAUCGACGUCGUGAGCGCACCGAUUGGACUCGAGUUGGUGUGGGAGGUAAUGGCACCAGCUCCGAUACAGGACUGUAUCUAUCGCCACAGGAUCGCUUCGUAACUACAAGUAGCGAGGCCUAUAGUCCUCUUUAUCGUGCGCCUCCAUCUGAAAAGGGUGACGACGUAAAUGACUCGUUCCUCAUCAUGAGAGCCGGUAAACCCUCGACCACAAUUGAGGAGGACGCUCGUCGUACGCGACGCACUACACGAUACGAGCGAACGCAAGUUUUACUACAAGGCUUUGAGGAAGCACAAGCUCAAGAUGAACGACUGAAGGACUGGAAGACGCGCGCAAGCAUACGUAAAGUCGCUGGUGAACGGUUUUACUAUCUCGACAGACUGCAAGAACGGGAACACCGUGUGGCUGCCCGCGAAGACUGCAUGCAACGUCGUAAUGGAGGUGCCAGUUUCUUAAGAAUGUGGGCUGGAAGCGCCGAGUCACAGUUCAACAACCACCAACAUGCCACCUCGUAGUAUCUACUCAGUACCAUAACAAAUUUAUCGAUCAUUUCGAAGAUGUGUCAUGUUCUUAACGACAGCAAUGAGA